AUGUCGAAGGAGGAAGACCAGGAGGUGCUGAAAGUCCCCGAGGAGAUGUUCAAGGAUGUCAAGUUCUUCGUGGUGGGAGACAUCGACCCCAAGGUUAUUCAGCUUCUGAAAGAUGGGAAGGCAAAGGAAGUUUCCUAUAAUGCUCUAGCUUCGCACAUCAUUUCAGAAGAUGGGGAUAAUCCAGAAGUUGGUGAAUCUCGUGAAGUGUUUGAUCUUCCAGUAGUAAAACCUUCCUGGGUGACUUUGUCAGUUCAGUGUGGAGCUCUUCUGCCAGUAAAUGGCUUUUCCCCAGAAUCCUGUCAGAUCUUUUUUGGAGUUGCUGCUUGUCUGUCUCAGGUUUCCUCUGAAGACCGGAAUAUGUUGUGGGCUUUGAUUACAUUUUAUGGUGGGGAUUGCCGUUUGAGCCUCAAUAAAAAAUGUACUCACUUGAUUGUGCCUGAAGCAAAAGGGGAAAAAUACGAAUGUGCCAGUAAACGAGAGAACAUUAAAAUUGUGACCCCUGACUGGAUUCUAGAUUCUAUAUCUGAUAAAACCAAAAAAGAUGAGGUUCCCUAUCACCCUCGCUUAAUAAUAUAUGAAGAAGAAGAGGAAGAGGAGGAGGAGGAAGAAGAAAAUGAAGAACAGGAUUCCCAAAAUGAAGGGAGCACUGAUGAAAAGUUAUCAAGUCCACCAUCUUCUCGAGAAGGGUCUCCUUUGGGCAAUCGAACUUUUUCUCCUAAGUCUGUUGAUGCUGACAAAAACAAAGGGGAACUUAUGUUUGAUGAUUCAUCAGAUUCCUCUCCUGAAAAGCAUGAAAGAAAUUUGAACUGGACCACGGCUGAAGUUCCACAGACUGUUGCCAGAAAACACACAUUGACUCCAGGCAAGGACUCUGGAUUGAUUAAUUUGUGUGCCAAUGUCCCACCUGUCCCAGGCAAUAUUUUGUCCCCUGAUAUCAGAAGUAAUAUAAUGGCUUCAGUACAAACUCCCCAAAGUUCUGGACAUCCGGAAAUGAUGGCAACAUGGAGUCCUGCAGUCCGGACACUAAGAAAUAUUACCAAUAAUGCUGAUAUUCAGCAGGUUAAUAGACAAUCAAAUGUAGCACAUAUCUUGCAGUCACUUUCAGCACCUACAAAAACUUUGGAGCCACAGAUAAACCAUAGCCAACAGGGACACUCCAGUGCGGUCCUGCUUAGCCAGGUCAAGCUGACUCCAGAGCCGCGCCUAGUGCAGCCACCCCCGCAGCAGCAUCACCAUCUCUUGCAUCUCCAAACCCAGCAGCUCCUGCAGUUGCAGCAGCAGUCCCAGCCGCCACAGGCUCAGGUUCCCCAAUCGCCUUUCUCACAGCAGCCUCAUCAGUUUGCCCCUCAGCAACAAGUCCAUCAGCACCAGUUUCCACAGCAGCAGCAGCAGCAGCAACAACAGCAACAGCAACAGCAGCAGCUCCCCUUUCCUUCCCAACUGGUACAUUCCCAGCAACAAAUGCAUCGCCCUCCACAGCCAAUGCCGUUUCAGCAGCAGCAGUUGCAUCGAUUGCAACAGCAGCACUUGCAGCAGCAGCAAUUGCAGCUUCAGCAGCAAAACCUUCAGCACCUGCAGCAACAGCAACUUCAGCAGCAACAACUUCAGCAGCAGCACUUACAACGAAUGCAGCAGCAGCAGCAGCAGCAGCAGCAGCAGCAAAUGCAAAAUCAGACAUCACAACACUUGACUCCAACAUCUCAGACACUACACCAUCAAGUUUCAAUUCAGGCACCACACAAUCCCCAGCAGCAACAAUUGCAGCAAUAUCAACUGUUUGGGCAUGACCCAUCUGUAGAAGUUCCUGAAGAAUAUUUCUUACUGGGUUGCGUCUUUGCAAUUGCUGAUUACCCUGAACACAUGUCUGAUAAACAACUGUUGGCAAUUUGGAAAAGGGUAAUCCAGACUCAUGGUGGUACAGUUGAUCCUACACUUACAAGCCGAUGUACACAUCUUCUUUGUGAAAGUCAACUUAGUAAUAUGUAUGCACAGGCUUUGAAAGAAAGGAAAAGAUGCAUCACUGCCCACUGGCUGAAUUCUGUGCUAAAAAAGAAGAAAAUGGUACCACCCCAUCGAGCUCUUCAUUUUCCAGUAGCAUUUCCACCCGGAGGAAAACCAUGUUCUCAGCACAUAAUUGCUGUAACAGGUUUUGUGGAUAAUGACAGAGUCGAUCUCAAGUUGAUGGCCUACCUAGCAGGAGCAAAAUAUACAGGCUAUCUUUCUCGCAGUAAUACCAUUCUUAUAUGUAAAGCGCCAACUGGCACAAAGUAUGAAAAGGCCAAAGAGUGGAGGAUACCUUGUGUCAAUGCACAAUGGCUCUGUGAUAUCUUACUUGGAAAUUUUGAAGCUUUGCGGCAAAUGCAGCACAAUCGAUAUACAGUUUUCAAUCUUCAAGAUUGCUUUGCUCCUAAUCAGCAUCUAGUUCCAAAUCUUCUUGAUGCUUGGAGGGUGCCUUUAAAGGUGUCGCCUGAACUUCAAAUGAACAUGAGAUUACCACUUAAACCAAAGCAGAAUGAAACCGUAAUUCAACCUUCAACCAAAAGGCCAAGAAUUGAAGACUUCCCAGCACCCACCAAAAAACUGCCACCAGAAUUGACUCCAAUGGUUCUUUUUACAGGAUUUGAGCCUGCUCAAGCACAUCAAUACAUUAAGAAAGUCUAUGUUCUUGGGGGUGACAUAACAGAGACUGCACAGAAGUGUACUCACGUGAUAGCUAGUAAAGUGACCCGCACUGUAAAAUUCCUGACAGCAGUUUCAGUUGCAAAACAUAUUGUAACACCGGAAUGGUUGGAAGAAUGUUUCAAAUGUCAGAAAUUUAUAGAAGAACAAAACUACAUGCUCCGAGAUGCAGAGGCUGAAGUCCUUUUUUCUUUCAGUUUGGAAGAAUCUCUAAAAAGAGCGCAAGCGGCACCACUCUUUAAGGGGAAAUAUUUCUAUAUUACUCCGGGAAUUUGUCCUAGUCUGUAUACUAUGAAAUCGAUUGUGGAAUCUGCAGGUGGGAAGUUAUUAUCUAAACAACCUUCUUUCAGAACAGUUAUGGAACACAAACAAAAUAAGAGCUUGUCAGAGAUUAUCCUUAUCUCUUGUGAAAAUGAUCUACACUUAUGUCGAGAAUACUUUACCAGGAAAAUAGAUGUUCACAGCGCAGAAUUUGUUCUGACUGGAGUUCUUACUCAAACACUGGAUUAUGAUUCAUAUAAAUUUACUUGACUGUAAGGAAAAUGCCUUAUUUUGCUUCAAAUUUCUUGAAGCCUUCCUCUGAGCUUUUCCAGCCUGUGGAUUAUUUAAUCAGGACUUUGUUGAAUUCUUGUUCUCUUAUUUUGCUGAAGAGCAAAGAACAGUUGAAGUAGGAAAGCAAAAGUUUACUGCAUCUGUUUAGGAUGUGUAACUUUUUAAUAUUAAACUAACUAUGUUUUUAUACUAUACUGUAGACCAGAGAGAUUACUUUUUAUAUUGCAAAAUAGUUUCCUGAUUUUUUUAAGUUUUAAUAAUCAGCAGUAUUCAACCAAAAUCAAAAUGAAAAUGUAAAGGAAAAAGGGCUUGUGGUGUGUUUAAAUUAAGGAAGUAAAUAUUUUGUACUUUAUUUUAUUAUGCUUAUAUUAAUACUAUCCCAUGUUUUCAAUAAACGUAGUUUUAAAUAAUGUUUCCUUAAAAUUUAGUGGUCUUCGUUUUUUAAAUGUUGUGCAAUUAUACCACUUUCUGGUAAAAGUAAACUACUGUGUUCUCUCAAAUGAUGUAAGAUAUUUCAUUUAUUUUACCAGAUGUGUUUGAAUAUUAAAAUCCAAGUAUUUUAAGCAGAGCUUAUUAAUGUUAUGUGUGUUCCUGCUGCAAUUAGAUUGAAUUCACUCAUAUUCUGCAGUGAUAUAUUUUAUCUGUAAUUUUUAUGAAAUAAAUAUGCAAAAUGGAAUUCAUGGAUGCAGUUAUUUCAUCCAAGUUGAAUUGGUUUUAAAAAUGUUAUUGUUAAUCUAUUGUUAAUUUAAUCCAUUUAAUUUUAAUUUGGAUAUUCAUCAUUUUAACAGUAAUUCAGAUGUAACUAUUUCAGCAGCGUUGCAUAAAUUCCAGUUAGCUGGCAAUUUUAUAUAGUUCUAAAGACUUUUAUUGAA